AUGCAAGAGCUAGACUAUGAUCUAAAUAAGUUUAGAGCACCACCGCGAACAGCACAACCUCCAACAAGGUCAAAGGUGCGACAACAAAAGCUCAAAUAUGCUUUCAUUGGAUACAUCGUAGUGCUAGUGUUUCUAGCAAUCACGCAGUUUAUUGGUGUUGGAUUUUUCACCCUGGGUUUCUUACUAUCAAGAGAUGUGCUACCUAAUAUUGCUGAUUGUGGUGACAACUCGUGCGUACAGCCUCGGUUUGAAAAGGCGGUGAUUUUAGUCAUUGAUGCUUUGAGAUUCGAUUUUGCUAUACCCGUUGCUGAUUCUCAAGAGUAUUAUCAUAAUAACUUCCCCAUUUUAUACGACCUAGCCCAAAAGGAUAAUGGAGUUUUGCUAAAAUUUAUUGCUGACCCUCCAACAACAACUUUACAACGAUUAAAGGGUUUGACUACCGGCUCACUCCCUACUAUUAUUGAUGCUGGCUCCAACUUUAAUGGAGAUGCCAUUGAUGAGGACAACUGGUUGUUACAAUUGCAUAAAAUCAACAAAACUAUUGCAUUUAUGGGCGAUGAUACUUGGACGGCAUUGUUCAAUGCAUACAUCCACCCCGAUCUCAACUUCCCUUAUGAUUCACUUAAUGUAUGGGAUUUUCAUACUGUUGACAAUGGUGUUAUCGAGCAUUUGUUUCCAUUGAUGGAAAAACAAAAUUGGGACGUGUUGAUUGGUCAUUUCUUAGGAGUCGAUCAUGUAGGCCAUCGAUAUGGGCCAAAGCAUUUUUCAAUGAAGGAGAAACUAAAUCAGAUGAAUGAUGUGGUUGGAAAAGUUGUUGAGGACUUGGAUGAUGACACAUUGUUGGUUGUGUUUGGGGAUCACGGAAUGGACUAUACGGGAAAUCAUGGUGGUGAUGCACCUGAUGAAUUGGAGAGUACUUUAUUCAUGUACUCAAAAAAGCAAAAAUUCCUCAAAAAGGAGAAGGGUUCUUAUGAUAUUACAAACCAGGGUGCUAAUUAUAGACAGGUCAAUCAAAUCGAUUUGGUGCCCACUAUAUCUUUACUUUUAGGACUCCCGAUUCCAUUCAAUAAUCUUGGAUUUACUAUAGAUGAAGCUUUUGGAAGUGUUAAGGAGGCGUUAGUUGCAGGAAAGCUAACUAUUGAUCAAAUAAAACGAUUUAGAGACUUGACCCCAAGUUUGUCUGACUCGUUGCUACAACGAUAUGAUGAUUUAAUCAGUGCCUAUAAAUCGAAAGCAAGUGAUUUAGAUUUGAUUGAGCAAAUGAAACAAUAUCAAUUCCAGUCGUUGGAACAAUGUAAAACAUUAUGGGCAAGAUUCGAUUUGAGAUUUAUUGGGAUGGGGAUUGUGGUUUUGUUCCUCUCAUUAACAUUUAUGAUUACUUAUGCUAGAUCGAUACCAGCUGUGAGAGUUCUGACGCUUUCUUUUGAAUUCAUUGGUUCUGUUGUGGCAAUGUCGAUAAUUGGUGUCGUUCUCAGCUUUUCCAUCUACAUUGUAUUAAAACCGAGUGACUUUACCUUGAAGAUAUGUUUGUGUAUUGGAGCUGUACUAGGUAUGGUUGUUGGAUUUUGGGCACCUAUAAUGGACAGGUUUAGCGUCGAAUUUAUUUGGCAACAAACGGUUGAUUUUUUCCAAUUCAAUUUCAAUAGCUGGUCAUUUAUGGGGAUUGUUUUUGUGGCUUUGCAUUGUCUUAUGUUUGCUUCAAAUUCGUAUGUGGUGUGGGAAGAUAAGAUGGUUCAGUUUUUCUUGCUUUCUUUUGGAGGAAGCUGUGUGUAUGCAUUAUCUGUGAAAACUAAUGUGCCCAGAGAAGUUAAAAUACUCGGCAUCAGCCAUGCAAUUACGUUUCUUGUAUUGACAAGACUUGCGUCAAUGGUUACGGCAUGUCGUGAGGAACAGAGACCAUAUUGUGAGACUACAUUUACUACUCUGUGGUGGUCAAUCAUUGUGCUACACUCUCUUGCUUAUUUGCUUCCUGCAGCUAUCAAAGCUUUUUACAGGUUAUCGGACUCAUAUUAUUCGGCAGCGCCAUUGUGGAUAAGCACCGGACUCAAGUUUCUUUUAUUUAUGAAUGCAAUGUACUGGACUUUUGAGUACGUUCAGAACAAUGAGUUUUUCAACAGCGCCCGCUUUACCAUUAGUGGGCCUUUGCUAAAAUCGUUAAAACUUGCAAUUGCCAGACUAGUGUUGUUCAUAUCGUUGGUUUUAGCAAACUUCAGCUGGUCAAGGGGCCCACUUUGUGUCAAGUUAGAGUUGGUCGAUACUAAAGACUCGGAAAGUCUGAGUGAUUCGGAUGAUAUGAAGAGUCAACGAUCAGCAUCGAUAUUAGGAUACGGCAACGUGUAUGGAUCCUCGUACUUUUUGCUUGUGUUAAAUUUCACAGUGGCAGUAAUGUUGACUACAAAGCCAUUGGGUGCUGUUUCUAUCAGUAUUUUAAUCAUACAAAUACUAUCCUUGCUUGAAAUGAUUGAUGAGUUGGGCUUGAGAAGAAACUUGAUAUCUCCAAUAAUAUUUGGCUUAUUGGGGUACCAACACUUUUUCAGCACCGGUCAUCAAGCAACGAUACCUUCAAUACAAUGGGAAUUGGGCUUUAUGACGACAGAAACUAUUGUUUUCCCCUUUACCCAUUUGAAUAUAGUUUUGAACACAUUUGGUCCCUUCUUUCUCGUUGCUUUGGCAGUGCCAUUGAUUACAAUAUGGAAAAUGGUACCUUCUCCAAAACCAAUAACGGUCUUGUCACAGAUCAUCACUAACAUAACUACACUCAGCACCUAUCUUUUAUUUACGGGUUUAAGCAGUUCAAUCUUUGCUGCUCAUUUUAGACGGCAUUUGAUGAUGGUCAUUAAAGCAGUGAAUAAAUCCUUUCUAUUCAUAUGGACGCUAUGUUGUGUACUUAGAUUUUGUGUUUCAGAUUCGCUAUACAACUCAUCGUUUACUCCAAAUCACGUACGAUAUCUAAAGAAUGAAACUAAACAAUUAUUUCAACAUGCAUGGAAGUCGUAUAUGACCUAUGGGUUUCCCUUUGACGAAGUUCGACCCUUAACUUGCGAGCCAUACGGGCCUGACUAUAGUGAUUACACUAAUACUGUCAGAAACGAUGCAAUGGCAAAUAUAUCCCUGACAUUGUUGGACAAUAUAGACACGUUGAUAAUAAUGGAGCAAUGGGAUGACCUCGAGCUGGCACUACAACAUCUCAAAGAUAACCAAGUUGAAUUCUUCAACCAAGACUCCGUCGUACAAGUUUUUGAGACGACAAUUAGGUUUUUGGGUGGGUUAUUGAGUGCUCACUUGAUAUUGACCGACGUUACUAAUAGAGAUAUUUCAUUACCGCCAUCAUACAACAGAUUUAAGGACAUUUCUGCCAAUUACAAUGGGUUUCUACUAGAAAUGGCAUAUGAUUUAGGGCUCAGGCUUAUACCUUCAUACCAGACAAAGACAAACAUUCCAUUUCCUCGAAUCAAUUUGAAAUCGGGGUUAAAGAAAGUGCCACCGGCUUUACAGAAAGAUGCAUGCACUUCAGGUGUAACUACUCCAGUGUUGGAAUUCACCUUGCUUUCCAAGUUGACGGGUGAUUUCCAAUUUGAAUACUACACCCAACAAUCAUUUUGGAAACUUUGGUCUUCUAAACUGGCUUUGAAUCUAAUGCCCAUGUCUAUAGACCCAUUUUCAAACCAGUGGAAGGACUCGAUAACGGGGAUAGGAGCGUCUAUUGAUUCUUUUUAUGAGUAUGCUGCAAAAUCAGCCAUAAUAUUUAAUGAUAAUGACAUGUGGUCGGUCUUUCACGCUUCUUACAAGGCACUAUUAACCCACCUGGCCCAAGAAUUCCAUGGCACAAUGAUUUUCCCCAAUGUUGGGACCGAAGAUGGGAUUCUUUUUGGUGAUUGGAUAGACUCAUUGGGAGCUUUCUGGUCUGGUUUGCAAGUAUUGACUGGUCACUUGACUCAUGCAAUCAAAACGCAUGUAGUAUAUUUGAAAAUUUGGGAUUAUUUUGAUCUGAUUCCCGAGAGAUGGAUUUAUGUGCAUCACAAAAAGAACAAGAGGAAAAGAUUUAAAACUGAGGAUUCUAUUGCAUUGGAAUGGUAUCCGUUACGACCAGAGUUUAUUGAGAGUACUUAUUACCUAUACCGUGCAACUAAGGAUCCAAUGUAUUUGCAUAUCGGAGAAAGGAUCCUUGAGUUGUUCAAGACUAAAUUUAGAGCACAAUGCGGGUUUAGUGGAAUUCAAAACAUCAAUACCGGUGAACGACAAAAUCGAAUGGAGACUUUUGUUUUAGGGGAAACUUUAAAGUAUUUGUAUUUGUUAUUUGAUGAGGAAGAGAAGGUCUUUCUUCAUAGGCCUGAGUUGAUGGGUUCAAAAAACUGGGUAUUCUCCACUGAAGCACAUCCGUUGUGGUUCCACAAGGGAUUAAAAAGUUUGCAAAAUUCGAAAUUUAAAGCCAAUUCAGCUGGUGUAAUUCCCGCUGAUAUCACUGAGGACCAGUUUACGCCAGCUAUCAUUAAAAAUACUACGCUACGAGAACCUCGUGUGUAUGAAAUUCCGGGUCAUGAUAGUAUACCUCAUGUUGGAAAAAAAGACCCGUUUGGUGACCGACUCCAUACUUGUGAAUUGAACCCGUUGACAAAAAGCACAACGGGACUUCUUGAAUCAAGUUACUACAGUUGGCAGAAUUUAUUUGGGGCAGAUUAUUUGUAUGCCAAGUCCUUGAUCAAACCUCUUUAUUCCAACCAAACUAACUUGGAUGGCAGUUAUAUCGAAUUGAAUCCUUCAUUCUUUGCAAAAUUUGCUGCUUUUGAUACGCCGUUGACCUCCCAAAGGAUGCCAUCAACAACGAGCUAUGAGGUGUUUUGGGGAGAUAUAAAAGAUUGUGAGUUUGCCGAGGUGUCAGAAUUGACAUUUGUUGGGCAAAACACCACCGAGUCCAUCAUUUUACCGGGUGACUUAUGGAUUCCAGCUUUGCUGGGAUUGAGAAUUGUUGUUGAAGAAUUGACUUUAGGUUCGAUCGAUUCAAGAAAUGCAGUGGUUACGGAUGAGUACAUUCUGCGGAUUAAGGAUGAUAGCUUUGAUGACAAUUCCAAGCACAUUAAAGCAAAUGAGAUCUUGAGAAUCCUCAGAGUUAAUGGUGUAAAGGUGAGCCAGGGGGCUGUGAUUUGGACAUUGCCAUUUGAACCAAGUCCGAGGGAAAAAGGUGCAAUCAGAAUCACAGCUGAAGGACGCGUCGUUAUACAAGGCAAAGUUGUUGAGAAUUUGAUUGUAUGCUACGAUCCAAUACACGACACAUAUACGCCAUCAAAGCCAAAGGACCCUCAACUGUCGCCUCCAAACUCGAUACAAAGACUUGAUCAGAAACAAGAGCAUCGUGGUGAUCCAUUAUCGAUAUCGAGUCUAGUUUCCGAAGAGGAAACUCUGCCUAAUGACCCAGUUGUAUCCGCCACUCCAUCCCGUAUAUCUAACGCACACAAAGUUCUGGCUAUAUCCAAUCUAAUUGAAGCACAAGUGGACAACGAAGGUGAGGAUGAGGAUGAUGAUACUGAUGUUAAUUCGACAAUUAUUGGUGAUGAUGAUGAUUAUACUGCGCCAUCAGCGUCAAGUCACAAGCCGAAGAAGAAGUCAUCUUCUAAAAAGAAAAAGAAAAGCAAUAUUGCCAACUCUAAGCUAUCAUUGAAGAAGGGGGAUGGAGAACCAUUUUGGCGUAGAGAUAUACAAUAUGAUUUGCUAACGGCAUUGUUUGACGACAAAACUGCUUGUUUUACAAACACGUACCCUCAACUGAACUUAACCGGUGUUAACAACAAUCACAAAAUUACGUUUGCCGAGUUGUAUAUUCGAACAUUGGCUGAAUCGAACAAGAGUUCCAAAGUUUUAAAGGAGAAGUUACUUCGCGAUUUUGACUUGGGAAAGGCGGUAUCGAAAGUAUGUGUGCUAGUGAAUGCAGGUAGGAUGAAUACGACAAUCAAUUUUGUUCAUGAUAUGAAAUCUACGUUGAGAACGUACCAUUCGAUACCUUGUUUACAAACGGGGCCUCUGGGAGGCACGAUAAGGCAGUUACAAGAUACACCAAGGUUGAAAUCAAUCAUCAAGGCAGUUAAUGAAGGACAAGAGAAUAAAGUGACAAGCCUUGAGGAGUUGGUAAAGUUGCCACCGUCAACUAAGCCAAAUACAGAUAUUGUCCAGUUGCUAUUCCUUCUUAGUGAAGCCAAUAAUGGAAUACCCUUUAUCAAAGACAGCAAUUUCCAUUUAUUGGACUUGUUUGUCAAUACAAAGGUGACCCCUCAAAGUAGGGCAAAGAAACUAUUGUGGUUAUUCUAUACAUUCUUGGAAACUGAUUUUACACCAGAGCAACUAACACAAAAUCCGUUUGGUGGAGCUACAAUACCUACUGAAGAGCAAAUACCUGCCUCAGCGGUCGAUGAAUAUGAUGUUGAUCCGCAGUAUGAAAUUGAUUAUGCUUCGGAAAUGCUUCAAGCUAGGAAACAAUACUUGAGUGAGGACCAUUCCAACGAUGGGGCUCAUGUUUCUCAACGAACGCAAGAUACUCGUGCAGGUUUGUCUUCGAGCACUGGACCCAAGGUGAAUAAUCCAAAGAAAAGGGAAGCUAAAACUGAAGAAGCUGAAGAAGGGGAAAAGAAAGUGAGCAAAGUUUCACAACCAAAGAAGAAGCAAAAGAAGACCCAUCCUGAAACUUCGUCGUCAUCGUUGUCAAAGAGUAUUGUUAGCUUGAAUAUGAGGUCGCUGCAAGCACCAGCCACAACCGAUGGAAAUGGGGAGGAGAAAUGUUAUUCAACUUCAACAUACAACGUUGAAUUCCCCAUAAAAGAUAUUGCCAAUUUGGCAAGUAGAUACACCGUAUCAGAAUCUGUAUCUACAACCCCGGAUGAAGAAGAGUCGAUUGAAUUUAAAUGUGAUUUAGUCGAAGUCACAAAUCCAAUGGUUCAGGAAGUGCGAACAUCAUCGAAAGCAAGCACUGCAUCAUUCAAUAAAAAAAUCACUAUUUUGGGCAAUUGGCUUUAUCGUUAUUUCAAAUACAAGAAGUCAAUUGCUAAUAAAUUUGUUGGAUUGGAAUGGGAGGAUAUAAGACAUGAUCUCGUUUCCGGUGUUGAAACGUACUUGUAUGAAACUUUUGGCAAGUCGUUAAAUACUAGCAAGAUCUUGAAUGAACUUGAUGAAGACGAUGAGGGUUCCAAUGGCAUAGGGACUGCUGACGAAGUAUAUUUCAACUAUAUUUCAGUCGGUGACUAUGAUAAAGCCAAUGAGAAAAAGUCGUUUCUUUUACAUUUGACCACAUUUGCCAAUGAUUAUUUUAUAACCAAGUUGGAAAAGAAGUUGAAGCAUGACUUGACAAGUAAUGUCAGAUUUGAUCUUGAGAAUGAAGCAAUGUUUAUUUGA